CACCUCCCCUCCGCUGGUUUUAGCGUCGCGACAGAACCAAUCCCUCGCUAGCCCUACCUCCUCUCCCGUCUCCAGUCGCAGCCGCCGCCGCACCCCAAUCCAACCCCGCCGCCGGCGAUCUCCUCGCCCCCCUGUGCCGUCGCCCCCAACCUUCUAUUCCUCUCCCAAGGGAAGGGAAGGGAAGGCAAGGCAAGGGAAGGGAGAGGGAGCGCCCAGAUCCACGGCGGCAUCAGCGCGCCGUCCUCGACCUGAUCCGCGUCCGUCCACGGAUGGGAGCUAAUCGGCGCAGGAAAUCCCCGUCCCCGCGUCCGAGCCCCGCCACCCUCCGCAACGGCUCGACCGCCCAUCGACGCGCUGCCCCCGCGGCGCCCGACCAGUUCGGCUCUCGCGGCUGGUGGACGGGCCCUUGCCGUUGCCGACGCUGGCUCGCUGCGCCGCACUGGCCCUCACAAGCGUCUUCUGUCAAUGAUGGACUUGAGAGGUCAAGGAGUUUCCAUUGGGACAUCGGGACAUGCUCCUCCAUCUCCUCCGGUGGACGACACCCAACAUCGCCAGUUCAUGCACUUAUGGACUGAAGAAAAAAAUGGAAAUGAAGAAGAAAAGAAUAGCAAUAUUAUCAUAUGCGAGGUUUGCUUUUAACCUUGGUUCCUAACCAAUAUUUGCUUCAUAAUUCUGCCGAGAGAUUCACACUGUCAUUCAUAUUAUGAAUAUAGUUCAUAACCAGUAUUCUCUUUUAUCUAAUUAUAUGUACAGAAAGGAGUAAUCUGAAGUGAAUUCAUGCUAUGUUAACAGUCUAACAAACAUCUUGGAGGUGUGAAUGCUUUCUUGGGUCUGACAAGUAAUCAAUAAUUGAUGGUAUACUGGGAUUUUUCUCAUACUUCUAGCACUUCCUCAUUGACAAUAAAGCAAGUAGUAUCA